AGGACUUGCAUUUCAAUCUGAUCACAAUCUGCCUCUGCGUUGUGUACUUUGUUUUGUCCCUCUGAAUUGUAGGAGAAAACCCAUAUGAUACGAUUCCACCAACCUUUCACCACUUUCUCUGAAUUACCGACCCACGUAUAGAUGAGAGGUUGAAGCUAAAAAAAGAGGAAUGGAAUUAGAUAAUCUGAGUAAGAUUGAAGAAGAACCUCCUCUCUCUGGUGCUUACAUCCGUAGCCUAGUGAAACAACUAACCACCUCUAGAACAAAAGACAUCAUCAUGAGUCCAACAAACAAAGAUAGUGUUGUGAAAGGUGGCGUUUCCCAUGGUCAAAAUUUAACAAAACAUGGCAAAGUUGUAGGUGCUCAUCAGGCACAUCAAUCCAUGCAACCCCAACAACAUAAAAAACAAGUUAGGAGGAGACUCCACACUACCAGGCCUUAUCAAGAAAGGCUUUUGAAUAUGGCUGAGGCUAGGAGGGAGAUUGUCACCGCCUUGAAAUUUCACAGGGCAGCUAUGAAAGAAGCAAGUGAACAGAAGCAGCAACAGCAACGGCAACACCAAGAACAGCAACAAGCCCAAGAACAGCAACAAAGGCAUUCAGCAUCCCUUCAGCCUUCACAGUACCCAAGUUUUGAGCAAGAUGGAAAAUUUAAGUCUAGAAGAAAUCCCAGAAUUUAUCCAGCAUGCACAAACAAUUUUUCAAGUUACAUGGAUGAAUUGUCUUAUUCAUGCUUAUCCCAACCUCCUCCUGCCGUUCCAAAUUCUUACACCUGGCCUUCUGCUUCCCCAAUUCCUCCACCACCCCUUAUGGCUGAAAACCCUGAUUUCCUUCUUCCAAAACAGACCUUGGGAUUGAACCUCAAUAUUCAUGAUUUUGACAACCUAGGUGCUACCCUUCACCUCAACAAUUCAUCAUCAUCUUCUUACUCAUCUGCAACCUCCUCUUCUCCACAGGAAGUUCCUUCAGUUGUAAUAUCACAAGGAGAGGGGCUUUCUUCACUGGGGGAUACCAUUGAAUCCAAUGCUCAAACAAAGGUUACUGGAGGCUUACACACAGCCAUGGACGAUGAGGGUAUGGCAGAGAUCAGAUCAUUAGGAGAGCAAUAUCAAAUGGAGUGGAAUGAUACCAUGAAUUUGGUCAAAUCAGCUUGUUGGUUCAAGUUCUUGAAAAACAUGGAACAUAAGGCACCUGAAGCCAAGACUGAAGAUGAUGCAUACCAUAAUUUUGACCAACUUCUGGAGUUUCCAGCUUGGUUGAAUGCAAACGAGAGCUGCUUAGAGCAGUGCUCGGAAGAUUAUUUCCAAGAUUCUACCUUGCCUUGUAUGGACAUUGGAGAUAUUGACGGUAUGGAUGACGAUUGGUUAGCAUGACAACUACAAGGAUUGAUUGUUUUCGUUAAGUCAAUUCCUCUGAUGCUCUCAUUUUUAAUUUUCUUUAGGUAAUUGGGGUAUUGGGUACUGUCAUUAUAGUCACCCCUUACCCUUUCAAUGUUUUAUUUUUGGAUAAUAAAUAAGGCUUGCAAAAAUAUCAGUAGAGGCAGGCACCAUCAAUAUGAGUGAUGAACAUUUUUGCUCCCAUUGCUCCUAUUUCCACAAUAUAUGUUGUGAUAUUAUUG